AUGGAAGAAGGAAGAGAAGAAAGAAGAAGAGGAGGAGGAGGAAGAAGAGGAGAAGAGGAAGAUAGAUGUAUGGAAGAAGGAAGAGGAGGAGGAGGAGGAGGAGGAGAAAGAGAAGAAAAAGACGAUGAAAAGCAAGAAAAAAAAGAAGAAGAAGAAGAAGAAGAGGAAGAAGAGGAAGAAGAGGAGGAGGAGGAGGAGGAGGAGGAAGACCCAUGUGCGUAUGAGCAGGGCGAGGAUGACUAUGCACACACGGUUCCGGGGCUCGUGUACGUCGAAACCAGCUAUCCCGGGGCGGGGCUAAACCUCUCGGGGCUGGACCGGGGCGGGGGCUGGCUGGCGGGGUGCAGAUGUCUUACCCCGAAAUGCCCCGACAGCUGCCAUGGACCCGCUUACAAAAAUUCCCGUUUGCCCCGAACGCCCCCGAUCGCCCCGGUUUUCGAGUGUAAUUCAGAGUGUUCGUGCGGGUCGCUCUGCCCCGGACGGGUGACUCAGCGGGGGCCAGCGCGGGGGUUGGAGGUACGGGAGAUUCGGGGCAAGGGCUUGGGUUUGGUGGCGGGGCGUGCGAUACCCCGCGGGGCGUUCGUGUGUGAGUACGCGGGGGAGAUGAUCGGGGCAGAAGAGGCUAAGUUGAGGCUAGCUAGACAAGACGGGGCAACCGGGGCGAGCGGGGCGACAAACUAUAUCCUGGUAGUUGUAGAACAUAUCGGGGCUGGGGGAACGGGGCAGGCGGGGCAUGAGUUAGUGCUUUCCGGGGCGGGGCAGAGUCAAGGGAAUGAAUUAGAACAAGAACCGGGGCAGAUUGGUUACUUCGGGGCAGGGACAGAUGGGGCGGGGCAGGGGCUUCAGUUAUCCGGGGCGGGGCGGGAAGUAGAUCAUUCCGGGGCGAGACCCAAACAUCACAAUCAAUUAGAAGCAGAAACGGGGCAGACCAGCUAUUCCUCGGGGCAUUUCGGGGCAGGCAUUUCCAGGGCGGGGCAGAAUAUAGACCUGUCCGGGGCGAGACCAAAACAAGACAAUCAAUUAGAAGCAGAAACGGGGCAGACCAGCUAUUCCUCGGGGCAUUAUGGGGCAGAUUCUGGGGCGGGGCAAGAUUCAGGUUCGGGGCAGAUUUUGGGGGUUUCCUUGUCGGGGCAGAAUCAAAACAACCAACAAGAACAGGAAGUGGGGCAAAUCAGUUCCUUUUUGGGGCAUUCCGGGGCAGAUUCCGGGGCGGGGCAGACCAUCACCACCAUCAUCGACCCGACCAUUACGGGGAACCUGGGGCGCUAUGCCAACCACUCAUGCGCCCCGAAUAUGGCUGUCGUGCCUGUCCGGGGCGACCAUAUGUACAUGCCCCGCCCCGCCUUGUUUACCAUCCGGGGCGUGAGAGCCGGGGAGGAGCUAUGCUAUGACUAUGGGGCAUCGCAUCGGGCUCCGGGGCAGAUCGGGGAAAGCAGUCCGGGGCAAGAUUCUGCCCCGGAAACUCCUAGUGACAUCUCCAAUGAGACUGAUUUGCCUCGGUUUGACCUCAAGCCAUCCGCCCCGCCCCCUUGCCCCGACCUCAGUGCCGCCCCCGCCCCGCUGUCCGCAACCCCAUGUCACUGUGAUGCCCCAAAUUGUCGGGGCUUCCUACCUGCAGCCGCGACUUUGGUAGAGUAACACACACACGCACACACACACACACACACACACACACACACACACACACACACACACACAUACAUACAUACAUGGGUCAACAAUCAUGUAUAUUAUUAUUAUUAUUAUUAUUAUUAUUAUUAUUAUUAUUAUUAUUAUUAUUAUUAUUAUGUUGAUUAUUAAUUUAAGAUGUAUAAUUAUGAUUCUCUCUCUCUCUCUCUCUCUCUCUCUCUCUCUCUCUCUCUCUCUCCUUUUUUCUCAUAUUUCUUGUUUUUCAAUAUUUUUUCCUCUCUCUCUCUCUCUCUCUCUCUCUCUCUCUCUCUCUCUCUCUCUCUCUCUCUCUCUCUCUCUCUCUCUCUCUCUCUCUCUCUCUCUCUCUCUC